AUGGCCGACGCGCCGAAGACGAAGUCGCGGCGGCCGCCGGCGGGCAAGUUCUACCAGCAGGAGAUGGCGGCCUGGCAGCCGACGCUGACGCCCGGCAACGUGAUCACGACCUUCGCCGUCCUCGGCGCGGGCUGCAUCGUCGUCGGCGUGCUCAUCCUCUACGCGACGUCGAGCGUCGUCCAGGUCAAGGCGCACUACGACGGGCCCGACGCCCCGGGCGCGCACGAGGCCUGCCGCGUGUCCGGCCUCGGGCAGACCGCGAGCUGCGCGGUGACGAUGAAGGCGCCCGAGAAGAUGGCCGCGCCGAUCUACGUCUACUACGAGCUCGGCAACGUCUACCAGAACCACAAGCGCUACUCGACGUCCCUCUCCCACGAGCAGCUCAUGGGCUCCAUCCUGGAGAAGGACGAGCUCAGCGCCUGCGAGCCGCUGAAGACGUCGGGCGACCGGACGCUGUCCCCCUGCGGGCUUUUAGCGAACUCCUUCUUCAGCGACACGUUCACGGUGUCGUCGCCGGCGGGCCUGGAGAUGAAGGAGGAGAAGAUCGCCUGGUGGAGCGACCGGAGCCACAAGUUCAUCCAGCCGGACACGUUCGAGUACCGGACGGGGAUCCCCGAGGCGGACGACGAGCACUUCAUGGUCCACAUGCGCACGGCGGCGCUGCCCCACUUCCGCAAGCUCUACGGGAAGAUAUCGACGGACGUCGAGAAGGGCGAGUCGGUGACGUUCGCCGUCGAGAGCCGCUUCUGGGUCCGCAAGUUCGGCGGCGACAAGUACCUGACGAUGACGACGCUGUCCAACUUCGGGGGCGCGGACCACUUCACGAGCGUCGCCUACAUCGUCGUCGGCGUCAUCUGCUGCGCCGUCGCGCUCCUCUUCGUCGGGCUCCAGCAGGUCCAGCCCCGCGUCAUCGGCGACCUCUCCGCCGCCGUGGAGAACAGGAAAACGAAGUGA